UAGCCUUCGAAGUUAGCUGUCCCGGUAUGGCCAAGCUUUGUUCAAUUUAGGCGGGAGAUUUGGAAACAACAACAACCUGUCCUGCACAGCUCGUGUCAAGCCAUAUACAACUCCAUACAGCUUAUUAACAGAUCGGUUAAAUGGAAUUCAACGGCCAAAUGGACUUUCUUACUGAUGAGCAGUUGCUGUCUGUCUUCCACCUCAAGAAGACAGAAAUUUCGUGCAUAGAACAGCCGCUUAUUUUCCUCACACAACUGAGGGACCACAACCUGUUGCCGGAGACGCGUUUGAAGGCAAUAACACACACAGAAAAGGUGAAAGGGAUGCGCACUCGAGAGCAGAGGCAGCAAGGAGUCUAUGGUGUUCUGGAGUGGCUAGAGAGAGAGAGAUCUCAGGACAUUCGUCGUUUCUGGCGCUGUGUGUUUGAAGAUCAUAUCGUGCAGAAGUACCCUGCACUACACCUGCUCAAGAAAAGCCUGCCAGACACUGUCAGCAAAUUCUAUAAGGAACUUUUAGCCAUUGAGACACUGGCAGAAAAUAGUGGACAAAAGCAGAAGAAUGGGAAAAACACCAGAAAGAGAAAUAGAAAUGACAGAAGUGAUGAUUCAGGUCCUUCAGCCAAGAAACCCUCAUUCUCACCUCAUGAGAAAGGAAGCAAAGAGAGGAUUUGGAUGCUUUCUAAAUAUAAAACUAAGCUGCCUGUAAAAUGUGGGGAUAAAGAGGGCAUUCUCUAUCGAGAUAAACUGACCAAAGGAGAGAAGUGUAUCAGAGAAGGGGCUCGGGGACGCUGGUUUUCCCCAUGUGAGUUUCAGAAGUUUGCAGGGAAGGAAAGUAGCAGAAAGUGGAAAGCCAGCAUCCGCUGUGACGGCACACCACUUAAAAAACUCAUUGAGGAGAAUCAUCUUCAGUGUCCACCGAUGGAGAACAGAAAUAGAGCAUCUGUCCAAAAGAGCAAGAAAAAGAUUUCUAUUAGCUCAUCUGAGAGCUCCAGUACAGAUUCAGAAACCAGUGCCAGUUCAGAAGAGGAAAGUGAUGCUGAAGAUGUCCAAAAGCAGAGCAGGAGAGCAGGAUUAAGAUCACAGUUUAGAAGUAGAGUUGAUGAUGAUGGGGAGGAGGAAGAUGAGAUGGUAGAUUUGACUGUUUUCCGGGCUCCAUCUUUACCAGUCACCUGCGUCUCACUCACUGGGACUCUGUACAAAGACAGGUUUGCCACAGGGAAGCGUGGGAAGAGUAUACGGACUGACGAACGCUGGUUCACUCCGGAGGAAUUUGUAAAGGAGGAACCGACUCUCACCAAUGGACUCUGGAAAAGAGAUAUACUGUGCCAUGGAAAAACUCUCAACUUUUUAUGCAAGAAAAAGAUCCUGGACAUCCAUCCGAAUAACUGUAUAUGUAUGGAGUGCAGCACUGAUCUAGAAGAUCUGAUGAACCAGAACAACGAUGAUGUGUGUUAUGCGUGUCACUCUGACGGGGAUCUGGUGUGUUGUGAUAAAUGUCCACGAGCUUUUCAUUUAGACUGUCACCUACCGGCUGUAAAUAAAGAAGACUUGCCAUGGCAGUGGAUUUGUACCAUUUGCAUGUUAAGAACCCGUCAACGAGGGUGUGCCUCCAGAAACAUGACUGAACAAGAAGCUUUUGAUUCUCCAGUAUCUCAAUACAAACUGCAGUGCCACUACCUGCUGUUAUGUAUGUACAAUGAAGAUAUCCAGAGGGUGUUUGUAAAGGAUCCACGCCAAAAUGUGAGGAGAUACUCUGAGUUCAUAUCUGAUCCAAUGUGGCUGAACAGAAUAAAGCAGAAGUUGAAAGAUAACAUGUAUCAGACAUUUGGAGAGUUCGUCUCUGACUUUCAGCUCAUUUUCAGCAACUGCAGGAAAUUUAAUCGGGACAAUAAAUUUGGCCAAUUGGGUGCCAAACUGAAAAAAAUCUUUGAGGAGGAGAUCCAGAAAAUCUUCUUUAUCCAAUAAGGGUUCUGUUUUUCUUGUGUCUCAAAGUUUCAAAGGAGAAAUCUAAGCAGCUUUGAAUAUUAUAAUGUAAAUAAGAUGUAUUACAAUUCUUAUCCCACUGCCCUAGGAUUAAUACCUUGGUUAAUAUUCACGCUGCACAAUUUUUUUGUAAUUCAAUUUUUCUAUGCUGUCAUAUUUUAUUUACUUAUUACUUAUUUACUUUAUUUUUUUAUUUGGGUUAUAGAUGGUCAUCUUAUAUUAUAUCUGUAUUAUCAGCCUGUUGUCCUCCUCUUAGAUUUUAAUCACUGUCUAAUGACUUUAAGGUGAAGGGUGUCAUUUUUAUAAUUGCAAAAAGUAUUCUAACACCAUUGUAAACCUGAAAAAAAAAACAUGCUCUUUUUCCUCAGAUGUUAAGGUUUGAAUAGGUUUUUUGUCAAAUGAAUUGCAUGAAUGACCUAAAAGACCUAUAUUUUUAUUGAUUUUUAUUGUUAAAAGAUUUUUGUUGUUUUUUAGUCUUUCGCGUUCUGUUGUUUUGUUUUGACGCCUUCAUGUAAAAAAAUGUGGAGAAUCAUUUUUACUGAAUCGUAAACAUUGUAAAGAAUCAGGAAUUAAUUUCCAAUUUUGGUGUUUGGUAAAUUUACGUUAGCAUUUAUAUUAGGCUUUUUUUUCUAACUGGAAGUAAAACAGACACUUUAAUAUGAUAUUUAUAUUUAAUAUAAUGUACUUUAAUAAAAGUAAGACCAUCUCUGUGCCUUUAAUAUGUCAACAAUGGUUGUUGUAAUUAUGUCAGACGUUUUUGUAUUUAAACAUUUAGUGGGUGUCUUCUGUAAAUUAUGGUGGUGGUGGAAAAUGAUAUUCAUGUUUUGCUCAGAUUUACACCUAGUAUUAAGAUUUUUUGCACCAGGUAUUUUAUCAAUAUCAAAUAAUUGACAAUGCUAAAUACAGGUGUAAAAAUGGUCAACAUUUUGAGGUUGUUCACUUUUGAUCACAUUCAGAAAUAAACAGUGACAUAAA